GCAGUUGAAAAUCCCGGAGAGCUGGUCCACGCUCGUCAUUUAGUUUGGUAGUAGUAGUUGGUUGAUCUCGUGGUCGAGUCUUUCUUAAGUGACAGCAGUUAACAUCAAAAUGGACGGUUUAGACGAAGGAUCGAUGGCCCCACAGACCUUCCUUUAUGGCUGUGUGCUGGAGGCUGGGAAAGAAGUAACUUUCAAUCCCACGGAUGAUGACUUUGAGCAUCAGCUUGAUCUCAGAAUGGCUUGUGUGGACACCACCACAAAAGAUGAACUUCACACGGUGGAGGUGGAAGGCCAAGACGUGGAAGGCGAGAAAGUCAAGGCAGUCCUCGUGUCACUCAAGCCCUCUACUCUGCCCAGUGUUUGUCUCGGUGGUUUCACAAUCACACCUCCAGCAGUUUUCCGUCUAAAGGCCGGUUCUGGUCCCAUCCACAUUAGUGGACAACAUCUCGUCAUGAUGGACGCUGAUCAGUCUUUUGAUGAAGAUGAUGAUGACGAUGAGGAAGAGGAGAUGGAAGAUGUGAAACCAUCCAAGAAAAGACCUGCGUCCUCCCCUGCACUCAAGUCUCAGGUUGGUUUUCAAAUCCUGUGUGUAACGGAUGAUGAAGAUGACGAAGAUGAGGAUUCUCCUGUUAAGACCAAGCCAGCAGCAUCUAAAAAAGCAGCUCCCGUCCAAAAUGGCAAAGGUUCAAAACCUGGCACGCCAGUUGCGAAGCAGGCAGGAAAAGGAAAGGACAGGAAGUCACCCAAAAGCCCACCAGUAAUCCUAACUCUUCCUGAGAUUAAAACCAAGAUAAUGGAGGCAGUGAAAAAGGGGGUAACAUUACCAAAAAUCCAGCCAAAGUUUGAGAACUUUGUGAAGCACGGUUAUAGAGUGUCGGAUGCAAAGGAUGUUGCUGAGCUGUGGCAGUGGAGACAGACCAUGAAGGAGGCAAAAUAACCGUCCCGCUAGCAUAAAUAUUUUUUAUUAUAUUUUAUGAUCUUUUGUAAUUACCACCUUGCAAACCUCAUAAAUCCAAACUCGGCUCCAUCGUCCAUCGCGGACUGUCAGUCCAAUUUCGCAGCUUCCUCAGAUUUUGAGUUCUGAAUAGGUAGCUGUGUCGAAUUUCUGAGACUAAACUGAUAAGUCCUCGCCUCAUUAAAAUUCGCAGAAAAUUUCAAACUUUGUAACUAACACUUUAUAAAGAGAAAAACAUUUGCAGCAACAAGGUUUAGGAACAAAAUAUUCAUUAAUUGACAAAGUCCAAUUAGCUUAGCAGAGAACCUGCUUUAAAUCUAGUCACAAGCCUGUCGGCCAAGGCUUACGUCCACACCAUGUUUAGUGUAUACUACAAUACACACAAUGGGGAAAAAUGCUGCAAGUUUAAGAAAGCUGUGAAUGUUUGUUCCAAGAUAUACCAACUACUUCUGCAUACGUGUUCAAGGUUAACCCUUCGCGUUGAGAUGUUGAAACUUUCCUAAUGAAGGGUUCCGUUGCAUGUAUUGUCCCAAGAAAUACUUGUUCAUGGUCAUUUUCGUUUCUUUUUCUUUUUUUAAUUCAAUCUAUCAUGAUGUUUAAAUACAAAUGUGGCUCUGCUAAAA